CGGCUGCGGGCCGCAGAAGACAUGGCGGCGUCUGCAUCGGCAGCUGCAGGGGAGGAGGACUGGGUCCUUCCCUCUGAAGUUGAAGUGUUAGAGUCUAUCUAUCUGGAUGAACUACAGGUGGUCAAAGGAAAUGGCAGAUCAUCACCAUGGGAGAUCUGCAUCACCCUGCACCCCGCCACUGCAGAAGACCAGGAGUCACAGUAUGUCUGCUUCACUCUGGUGCUUCGGGUCCCAGCACAGUAUCCCCAUGAGGUGCCACAGAUCUCUAUCCGUAACCCCCGAGGACUCUCAGAUGAACAGAUCCACAAGAUCUCACAGGCGCUGAGCCACAUGGCUGAGGCUGGGCUGGGUACUGCCAUGCUCUAUGAACUCAUCGAGAAAGGGAAGGAAAUUCUCACUGAUAACAACAUCCCCCAUGGUCAGUGCGUCAUCUGCCUCUAUGGUUUCCAGGAGAAGGAGGCCUUUACCAAAACAACCUGUUACCACCACUUCCACUGCCACUGCCUGGCUCGGUACAUCCAGCACAUGGAGCAGGAGCUGCAGGCCCAGGGACGGGAGCAGGAACAGGAAUGGCAGCACGCCGCAACCAGACAGAAGGUCGUUGGUGUGCAGUGCCCGGUGUGCAGAGAGCCACUCGUGUACGAUCUUGCCUCGCUGAAAGCAGCCCCUGAACCCCAGCAGCCCGUGGAGCUGUACCAGCCCGAUGCAGAGAGCUUGCGCCAGCAAGAAGAGCGCAAGAGGCUCUACCAGAGACAGCAGGAGAGGGGGGGCAUCAUUGACCUCGAGGCUGAGCGUAACCGGUACUUCAUCCGCCUCCAGCAGCCUCCUGCCCCUUUGGAACCCGAGUCAGCUGUAGAUGCCUCCGGAGGAUCCCACCCACCCAGUACCCUUGCCACCGAACAGUCCACCUCAUCAACUGCUCAGACCACCCUGUCAGCUCCUCUGCCUGUGGCCUCCCAGUACACAUGUGAGAAGAUUCCAGGGGCUGGGCCAAAUCAGCAAAAGCUGGGCGAGACCCAGAAAGCUAUGCUAGAUCCUCCCCGGGCCAGUCGAGGUCCCUGGAGACAGCCCGAACGGAGGCACCUAAAAGGAGGGGAGUGCAAUGCCCUCAAAGGUACCAGUGACACCCAGGAACUGCCACCUCCUGAGGGGCCCCUCAAGGAGCCCAUGAACCUAAAGCCAGAGUCCUGUAACCAAGGGGUUGAAGGUCCUCCCCAGGAAAAGGGGCAUGGCAACUGGCAGGGUCCCCCGCCCCGCAGGACUCGCGACUGUGCCCGCUGGGAGCGCUCCAAGGGUCGGACACCGGCUUCUUCCUACCCCCGCCUGCCUCGGGGUCGGGGAGCCUACCGGCCUGGUCCUCGAAGAGAGCCCGUGAGCCUCGAAUCGGAGGAUGGUUCCUAGCAGUACUGUGGGGGGCGGGGGGGGACAAUAAAGAGAUUGGCCUUGUUUGGCUUUCCUUA